GCAGUGAUCAUUAAAUUUCGCGUGUGCAGUAAGCAGUAAAUAUGUCUAUCGGCAAGCUACACGAAUUUAACGUCAGCAAUGGCGCGUGGUCAUCGUACAUGGAUCGAGUGGAAAUGUACUACAAGGUCAACAAAGUGCAAGACGAAAUGAAAGUGCCAGUAUUGAUUGCAGCGAUGGGAGAUGAGGCGUAUGAGCUUCUGGAGAACUUGGCCAGUCCUACAAAGCCAUCGGACCUAACCUUAGCUAAAAUAAAGGCAUUAAUGUCAAAUCAUUUGCAGCCAACACCGUCGUCGCUAGCGGAAAGAUACCGGUUUCGACAAAGGCGGCAAAAUGGCGGUGAAAAUGUAUCUACGUAUGUGGCGGAGUUGAAAAAGCUGUCCAAGCAUUGUAAAUUUGCCUCAGAAUUAAAUGGAAAUCUAAGGGAUCAAUUCAUAUGUGGCUUAAGUAGCGAUUUAAUUAGGCAACGGCUUUUUGCGGAGGACGACGACAUAACCUUCGCAUCUGCAGUCAAACUUGCAACAUCAUUGGAGGCAGCAGAGAGGGACGCAGCGUUAGUGGAGCAGUCAAAGGUAACGGGUUCGAGCGGGACGGGAGAUGCGCAGGCGGUUAUGUUUGCGAGUCGGGCGAGAUUGAGUACAUUCAGCGGAGGACAAUCGCGGGCGCCUGUAGUUACGCAACAGCGGCGAAACGCAAAUUUUAAUGGCCGCCAAGAGAGGCACUGCGAGGCCUGUGGCGCGCGCAGUCAUAAUUACGCGGAUUGCAAGUUCCAGGACUAUGUGUGCAGCAAAUGUCAGCGCACAGGCCACUUGCGGCGGGUGUGUCCGAACUGGGGCGCGGCACCGGGAACCGCGGGCCGUGUCGGAGCGCGGGCGCCGGCCCGGCGCGGAGGGGCAGCGGCGGCGGCGCCGGCGCGGAGUGCCAUGCAUUUUGGGGUGGCCGAUCACGAACCGAGUGAGGAUUACGGCGGAGACAUCGAGGAAGAAUUACAUCAUCUAUGUUUAAAUAACUACCCGGCGAUAUGAGGCGUUGUUCAGCGACGGACUGGGGCGGUACAAGGGCGGCAAGGCGACCUUGAGGGUGCGGGAGGGCGCAGCACCGGUGUUCCAUCGCGCACGCCCGAUGCCGUACGCGCUGCG